GGAAAAAAGAAAAAAAAAGUGCAAAAGCAAGCAAACCAAAGUACUGAUGAGAGAUUAUUGAUAUUUUUCAUAAAUUUACUUUCGUUAUGGGGACAGAAAUAGCUAUAUCAUUUAGUACUUUACGUGCUCAAUUAGAAAAUGAGAAGAGUAGUUUAUAUAAAAUAGACGAAAACAUCAAGCGAAUACAAAUAACCGGACGUUUCCCAAAUGAUAGAUUUAAUAACUCUUCGGGAGAUUACGCAAGAAGUGGGCCCCGCCAGGUCGGUAGGAAUUCCUUUCCAGAUACCGGCAAUAAUUAUAAAAAUGAUGAUCAAUUCAACAAAAGAAAACAUGAAACCAAGACCGUUUUUAGCAGAUUAUCAGCCCGCGUUCAUGAUAGUGACGGAGAGGAUGAUGGACCAGGCAUUAAGAGAGUACGAGUUCCAUCAGCAGUUUGUCGGGAGCUGCCCACUAGGGCUGCAGUGUUACGGGCCCAAGGUGAUGAUGAGCAAGCGAGGACACGCAACAGACGCAUCUUUGGUUCACUAUUAGGGACUCUACAAAAGUUUAAACAAGAGGAAAUUGUAUUACAAACUAAGGAAGAUAAGAAAGCUCAAGUGGAGCGUAAAAUCGAAGAACAGGCUCGGUUAGAAAAAGAAAGGGAACAAAAGGAAAGAAAAACUCUUUACGCAGAGAGGGAACAUAAGAAGGCCACUAUCAAAUCAUUAGAGGCCAAAAUGGCGCGUGUUCAGGAAUUUGAGAAGUGGGAGGCCACACAGAAGAAACUUGGCAACUUUAUACUGACUAAGGCCAAGCCCCAUGUGUACUGGUUGCCUAAAAAGAUGACAGAUAAGGCCAUGGAGAAGUUGAAUUCAAGUAGAAAAUUCCAUGAAAAAUGCAUGAUAAAGAAACGGCAAGAGCUUCAAGAUGAGUUGCAGCGGAUAGAGCAGCGUUGUCUCCGGACCAGAGCACCCGGAGCCAAGGAGAAUGACCCUGAAUCCACUGAAGAUGGCCAUAAAGAAGAGUCCAAUCAAAAGAAUUCUGAUUCUGAUCAUGAAAUGACAGAUGAUAAGGGAAGUAAAAGGAAUAAGUUUGCAAUGGACGCCGAUGAAAAGGAGAAAGAUGAUAGCGAUGUGGAUGACAGGCAUGAUGAGGCUCCAAAUAUUGAUAUAAAGCCAAAAGAAGAGAAAGAAUUGGAUGAGAGUAAAAUGGACACCAAUGUGAAGCAGAACACAAGUAUCGCCGAGGAUUCGACAAUGAUGACAGAAACGCAAGACGAGAGCGAGCCUCAAGAGAUGAGCCAAGACGAGGUAAAGGCGGAGCAGCCAGACAAAUCAGACGUCCAGAACUCAGAUCAUUCCUAACGCCUGUAAUCAUACUGUACUGAAAUGUAUAAAGUACUAAAUAGACGAGAUAAAAUUAUACCCAUAUGGAAAAUUUAUUUUCAUUUUAUUGGUACGGUUUUUGUUUAUGGGAUGAAUGACGAUUGCAAAAUAUAAAAUAAUGUAAGGAGUGCAACUUUUUUUUUCAUUGAUAUAGUCUCUGGUCUGGUUAUAGUUGUUAAAAAAUGUUUUGCAAUAAUCAAGCCGGCGGUCACUUGAUGGAAAAUGGCAACCAUUGUUUUUAGAUGUGAACAGCACCAUGGUCGUCAUAGAAACUAAUCAUUUAUCAAAGUACGCCUUUAUUUUAUCCUUAUUAUGUUACGAUAUCAAUUGUUACUGCUUGUCUAUGGUGUCCAGGCUGAUUGAUGAACUUGUUAUUUUCAAAAAUGGUAUAAAAAUGGCCAAUAUAUACAACUUGUCACAAUAGGGAGAUUGUGUACUAUAUAUUGGGUCGGUGCGUAUGAAGUUGCCGAUUUAAUCAGAGGAUCAAAAACACAAAAUAAUUUGUUUAAAAAUUAUUUAAUUGUGACAAAAUAAUUACAUUGAUGCGCAAUCGGCAAUUUCAUAUGGCACCAACCCAACCCAAUACAUUACUGGUUACUUGUGGUAGGUCCAUUAAUUACGAUACCAAUUGGUACAAAAUUAUUUAUUUAAUUUAAAUAUAUGUACAUAGCAGUUAUUAUAUUUACAUCGUAAUGCAGUAAAUUCAGGCUGAAACAACAAUAUAGGCCUGCUGACAGUGAAAGAUUAUCAAUACGAGAUUAAUGUGUCAAGCUCCUGUAGACAAGUAAAUAAAUAAUUACAUAUGUUUUUUACAAUAAUUGUCUAAAUAUUUUGGUAACAAUUAAGGGGCAUAUAACUUUAAAAAAUCGCAGAUACAGCCAUCAAAUGUACCAUUAAGUACAAUAUAAAGGCAAAUAAUAAAUUAUAUUAAUAUCUAUAAUUAUAAUAAUUAAAUUAUUAUACAAAUAAUUUAUGUUUUUAAAUCCUUUUUAAUGUUAUAGUGCAAGUGAGUUUGUUACUUCUUGAUGCCCUGACAGAUCAACGAAUCAUUAUAAUCUUUUGUAAACACAUACAUAAUAUUUAGCAUAGACAGUCAAUGGGCGCAGAUGUGGUAUAUAAAAGCCCAGGAAGGAAGACAGUUCAUCUUUUCUGUCCUUAUUUAUUGUUAUUUUUAAUUAAAAAAAGGCAAAGCCUACAUAUCCAAGCAUAAUAAUCGUGACCAAUAAAUUUAUCAUAAAAUUUUCAAUCUAAUGUGAAAAUUCUAGAAGCUAUAUCGUCCAACAUCCAAUCCAUGCCAUCUAGAAGGUUCUCUCCGGUGACCGCCGAACAUCGCACGAUGCGCCAGUGGUGUGUUUUGAUGCUGUCCAGGUCUAGAGCCUGAAAAUUAUAUUUAAUAAAAAAGGUUUUGUUUUAUGAGAAUACCACUGUAUUAGAUUGUGCUUUAUAUAUUUAUUAAAUAAAAUUGUCUAAGUGAGUAAUUAAA